CUUUCUCUCCACAUGGCCCUGAGCCUCGCCUGUUAAUUUUUCAUUAUAUUCCCCAGCUGAUUUCUAGUUGGACAAGUCAGAGGAGAGAGCCAUGGGAAACAAAAGGAUUGGGGAUUUGGAGCCCAAUGGGACUGUGAUUGUGCCAGAGAUAAAGGAAAAACCAGAGAAGGAGAAGGAUGAGCUAGAAGAAAGAGGUCAAUGGACCAACAAAGUGGAGUUUGUGCUUUCUGUGGCUGGAGAGAUCAUUGGUUUGGGAAACGUUUGGCGAUUUCCUUAUCUCUGCUACAAGAACGGAGGUGGUGCCUUCUUAAUUCCAUAUGCCAUCUUUCUCUUUACCUGUGGAAUUCCAGUCUUCCUCCUGGAGACAGCCUUGGGGCAAUACACUAGUCAAGGAGGAAUCACUGCCUGGAGAAAGAUCUGCCCUAUCUUUGAAGGAAUUGGAUAUGCUUCACAAGUGAUUGAAUCUUAUCUGAAUAUUUAUUACAUUGUCAUUCUGUCUUGGGCCCUGUUUUACCUCUUUAACUCCUUCUCAGCUGUAUUACCCUGGGCCAAUUGCAAUAAUUACUGGAAUUCAGAAUACUGUGUGGACUUUCUGAAUGCCUCCUAUCCUGGGAAUAAUACUAAUGCCACCUCUCCAGUUAUCGAAUUCUGGGAGAGGCGAACGCUGAAAAUAACAGACGGUAUUCACAAUCUGGGCACUGUGCGCUGGGAGUUGGCUCUCUGCCUCAUGCUGGCCUGGAUCAUGUGCUAUUUCUGCAUCUGGAAAGGAGUCAAGUCCACUGGCAAAGUAGUCUACUUCACUGCCACUUUCCCUUACCUAAUGUUGAUUGUGCUGCUGAUCCGAGGAGUCACUCUCCCUGGGGCUUUAGAUGGAAUUAUAUUCUACUUAAACCCAGACAUUUCCAGACUGGCUGAUCCUCAGGUAUGGAUGGAUGCAGGUACUCAGAUCUUCUUUUCAUAUGCCAUCUGUCAAGGAUGCUUGACAGCUCUUGGCAGCUACAACAAAUAUAACAACAAUUGUUACAGGGAUUCCUUUAUGCUCUGUUUCCUGAACAGUGCUACAAGCUUUGUGGCUGGCUUUGCCAUCUUCUCUGUAUUGGGCUUUAUGGCACAGGAACAAGGAAUCCACAUUUCAAAAGUUGCUGAAUCAGGUCCUGGCCUAGCCUUCAUUGCUUACCCCAAAGCAGUAACCAUGAUGCCUGUAUCUCAGCUGUGGUCCUGUUUGUUCUUCCUUAUGCUGAUCUUCUUGGGGCUGGACAGUCAAUUUGUCUGUGUCGAGAGCUUAGUGACUGCCAUUGUUGACUUGUUCCCGGAAAUCUUCCGUAAGAAAGGACGUAGAGAGCUACUGAUCCUUGGCAUUGCUGUGAUCUGCUAUCUGAUUGGCUUGGUGCUCGUCACGGAGGGUGGGAUGUACAUCUUUCAGCUGUUUGAUUAUUAUGCAGCCAGCGGCACGUGCCUUCUCUUCCUUGCCAUCUUUGAAGUCCUCUGCAUCGCGUGGGUUUAUGGAGCUGAUCGUUUUUAUGACAAUAUUGAGGAUAUGAUUGGCUACCGGCCCUGGCCCCUGAUUAAAUACUGCUGGCUCUAUCUCACACCUGGUGUUUGUCUGGCUACCUUCCUGUUUUCACUCAUUAGAUACCAACCACUCAGAUACAAUGCCGUAUAUGAAUAUCCUCCAUGGGGGAUUGCUGUGGGUUGGUUGUUGGCGUUGUCCUCUAUGAUCUGCAUACCAUCCUAUAUUAUAUUCAUCCUCCUGAAAACCAAAGGAUCUUUAAAAGAGCGGUUAUACCAGCUUACUGCUGCAUCAGAAGACUUGCCCCAGCCAAAGAAGCAUCUGAAUGGCAGUUCUGGAUGGGAAUGCUCUGGACUGGGAUCCCAACAUCCAGUCAAGGAAGUGUCUGUCAUGACAGAGAAGGAAACCAACUUCUAGAGCUUCUUUACGUUCUGGAAAGGUCUCUUCAUAUUUCUGGAGACUCUGCUUAUAUCCAGGCUGAGUUUCCCCUGAGGU